GAGCACACCAGGAGCCCGGUGAAGAUGAGGAUGCUCUUCUGCGGCGUGCUGCUGGUGCUGGGAGGAGAUGUUCUCCUGGCCUGCUCUCUGAAGAACUACACGCUGUACGUGGAGAGACACGAGUGCGGUCACUGCAUGGCCGUCAACACCACCAUGUGCGGCGGAAUGUGCUUCACGCAGGACACAAACGUGCAGGGAUUCGUGGGCAAGCGUUUUCUGAUUCAGAGAGGAUGCAUGCAUCGUUCCGUGGUCUAUCAUUCUGCUAAGAUGCCCGGCUGUCCGCUCCACAUCGACCCGCGCUUCUUCUAUCCGGUGGCUCGCCGGUGUCACUGCACAAAAUGCGACACCGUACAGAACGAGUGCGUCUACAAGCCAAAACUAACUCCUGCAAAGUGCUCCGAGCUGCUACGUGCCGUCUGAACCGCUACAAGGUUUCCUUCUGAUUGCCUUUAUUUCCACUUAAUGUCUUGGUAACGUUUCCUUGAGGUUUUAUUAGAAAGCGUUUCAGGUACAGGAUGCAUGAACUAUAUGGUUAGUUUUGCAACAGUGUUGUAUAUGUAACACACACACACACACAAAACUCAGCUAUAGUGCCUCGCAGAAGAGAGACGAUGUUUGCUGUGGAUCUUUUGUCUGUUUCUUUUUCAAUAUAAACGUCUGCAUUGAUCACUCAAGUCUCAUUUGCUUUAACUGAUAUUAUAACACGCUGGUUUUGAACAGAAAGAGAAAAACACUAUCACCAGAGCACCGUAUACUACACAAAAAUAGCUAAUAUAAAUCCUCACGAUAUUAAUAAAACAUUCUUACCUCGAAUUUGAUUUUUAAUGUACGAGAGCAGUUUAAAAAAUUACAUUUUUAGGUUGAAUCGAAAAGACUUGUCGAGUACAAUUUGUGAAAAAUGUAUCUUAAACUGUUGAUGAUGGCUUACACGUUUUAUUAUGGAGUCAAGUGUAUGAAUGACGCUGUGAAAACUGAAAAAUAAACAUUUGACUUUUUCAUAUUAUGGAAAUCGCAUAUGGAUUUGGGAUUCGCGUGAUUUUGCUUUUCGGAAACGAAACCAGUUUUGAUUCAUAACUAGUACGGUCUGUGUUCAUAAUAUAUUUGUAAUCCGUUAGGCCGUAACUCGAAAGCAGAAGUAUUUUUAUCUAUGACACAGUUACGACAUAGUUAACCAACAACAACAAAAAGAAGUUCACACCAUACAGUGCAAACAAGGAAUAUGAAGAUGAUUGUGGGAAGGCAAAUCGUUUUGUUAGUUAAAAUUACAUUUAGCAUUCAGCAAACAUCAAGAAAUGUUAACUUUUUACUGUUUAAUACGUCACUGACUGAACUACAUUUGUCCAGCUUGCCAGAUUGAUGUUGUUUCAACUGUUGUUUUUUUAACUUAAUCAAAAAAGGGACAUACUAUAACGUAACUAAAUGAAAUCAAUAUUUAUAAAAGUUAAUACGGUACGUUUUUUACUGUAACAGAUGCAUUUUACUCACAAUCAGUCUACCUAAAAUAGUCCCUUGGAAGAAAAAAUAUGCAUCUCUAAUUUGUACAUUGUCAAAAUCCAUUAUUUAAAUCCGUUAUGUAUUGCGUUGACCUUCAUUGAGUUCAUCUUUAUUGGUUUAUUGAAUAUUUAUUACCGGUUUAUCUAUAAUUAGAUGAAGCGAGAUUAAAGAAUAAAUCGUUUGAAGUGUCUCGAUGGAUGGCGUAGAAGUAAUUCAAUUCAAUUUGUUCAGCACUAUUUAUAUUUAUAUACACUAUUACAUUUUCGAACUGAAGAUAAAACCAACGUGAACAUAUGACGAUGACUUUUAACGUACCGCUUAAGAAAAGUUCCAAAUCUGCGCCAUGAAAGUUUUCGUGGCAGUCAGUCUUUUUCUUCAAAAGACUAAACCUUCUAGAACUUAUAAAU